AACACGCGACACGGACAGGUUGUCACUUUAUUAGCUAGACCUAUUAGCUCUCCUUCGCCUGUUGAUGUCUUUCGGCGAAUUGACAUGGGGAAUAAACGAAAUACGAGUUCGUUAGGAAAAGGACACGCUGCUUACCGAGUGAAAACCAGGUAGUGGACAGCCCUGAAAACGAAAGCGUUCCCCAGACACACUGCCAACACCCUCACAGUAUACCUCAGUUACAAUGAAGGUCCCAAAGCUGGCUGUCAUCUUCCUCCUGGUGGUCUGCCUUGUGGUCUACCUCACAUACGUGAAACAUUGCCUUGAGAACAGAAAGUUGGCCAAGCCAAUACUGGAGCAGGUUCAUAGGACAGACCCCCACAAGAGACCGACGUCGGCGGAGUUGGUCAGUGAACAAUUUCGCUAUGGUAUCAUGUUUGACGCUGGAAGCACCGGGACAAGAAUACACAUCUUCCAGUUUCGACAGGAACCCAAUGCUUCUCUUAAAUUGGGCCCAGAGACAUUUAAAGCAAUAAAACCGGGAUUGUCUGCGUAUGCCGAUGAACCAGAAAAGUGUAAAGCAGGGCUGUUGGAGCUGCUGGAGGCGGCCAAGCAGACCGUGCCUCCUGCUCAGUGGUCCUACACCCCUCUGGCCCUUCGAGCCACUGCAGGACUCAGGCUGCUGCCGGGCGAGAAAGCAACACACCUCCUCGACAAGGUGAAAGAGGUGUUUGCUGCAUCUUCAUUUCUUUAUCGCCCCGACAGCGUGUCCAUCAUGGAUGGUACAGAUGAAGGAGUCUCUGCUUGGAUCACCAUUAACUUUUUAUUAGGUGGUCUUCAUGGGCCUGAAGUUCCCACAGUGGGGAUGCUGGACUUGGGAGGUGGCUCGACCCAGAUCACUUUCUCGCCACAGGAUGAGAAAACCAUCCAGACCUCCCCUAUCGAUUUUGUGACAUCGUUUCGGAUGUUCACCACCAGCCAUACUCUCUAUUCACACAGCUACCUGGGACUUGGUUUGAUGUCUGCCAGACUGGCUGUGUUGGGAGGGGUUGAAGGACAGCUUGUAGGGGGCGGUCAGGAGCUCGUGAGUCCGUGUCUGGCUCCGGACUAUACUGGAGAGUGGGAGCAUGCAGACGUCACCUACACUUUAAAGGGCCAGAAAGCAGGAGAGCCCAUCUACGAGUCAUGCUUGAGCAAAGUGGAGAAGAUGAUCUAUAAACGAGUGCAGAGAGCAGACGAGGUGAAACACAUGGAGUUCUAUGCGUUCUCUUAUUACUACGACCGUGCUGUGGACCUGGGACUCGUCGAUGAGAAGAAAGGAGGCUCCCUAAGAGUAAGCAACUACAUAGAUGGGGCCAAAACAGUGUGUAAAAACAUGGAGGCUAAUGCAGGAGAAAACCCUUUCCUCUGUCUGGACCUCACCUACAUCUCGGUGCUGCUGCAGGAGCUCGGCUUCCCCCUGGACAAGGAGCUGAAGCUGGCCAGGAAAAUCAACGGCGUGGAGACGAGCUGGGCUUUAGGAGCCACGUUCUAUUACAUGGAAUCUCUUCACAAACAUUAACCAGGUCCAGCUUUCACGUUUGUGUGCAAAAGACUUCACUGACUUUUUUUUUCUUCCUUUUUUCUGGAUAAAAAUAAUAAGGUACGGUAAUAAGGUAAAAAUCCUGAUGACUCGAGAACGAAUCGCGUGCCUGACGAGGGCAGCGCCGAUGUAGGAUCAGCUCGUUGCUUUCUGUUAAACUGUUCAGGAUGAUAAACCGCUAAAGGGAAAAUCUGAUCCCAAGAUAAGCCGAGAAGACGAAGAACUAGUGUUGAUCUAAACGCAUCUCACAUGGACCUAAAUUUGUUAUAUUUAGACCUUUCUUUAUUCUCUGCACUAAUGCAGCUGCAAAGCUUUUCUCCACAAGCCACCACGACCCUGACCAGGAUAAUGUAUAAUUACUAGUGUCCUGAGCACUUGUUUUAUGUCUGUGCACAAACGUAGCAGAUGAUUCACGUUUACAAAAGCCAUCUUCAUUAUUAAAUGCAAUGAAAUUCCAUAAAAAGCAUUAUGAGAAUCAGAGUAAUGGUCUAAAAUUGCAUUCACACAGGCAAAAGGAAAAACGAAUGAGUUUUUUUUAUUUUUUUUUUAUAUAAAACGUUUGCAUCUGAGCCACGAUUCUGCUGACAUUCAUCAUUUCUUCCUUUUUUUUUCGCAAAUCAGUUGUGUGAAAAAGACAAAUCUCUUGAUAAUCUUCAAAUUAAUUUGUCAUUUAUUCAGCCUGAUUUCAAGCUUUAAUCGUUCUUUUCAUCUUGGAUAAUUGCGUACCGCUUCUAAUUCUUCCUUCUUGAAAUGAAAGCUUGAAAUGUCGAGGAAGAGGUUUAAUCAUCUUUUGUUGGAUUUAUUAAAAUGGAAUAAUAUGGAAUUCAAGCUAUAACAAUGUAUCCUGUAUAUUUUCUCUAGUUUUAAUGGGGUUUUUUUUUUUCCAGUGCUUGCUUCAGUCCUAUAAUAAAUUUUUUGUUUUCUACACUACACCACAAAAAUGGACAGAAAAGACGUUUCAUGUUUUUAAAGAGUCACACAAGAUAAAAAAUACAUUUUGAUCGAAUGUAACAUGGUGACUUAAAGUAGGCUUUGUACACCUAGCGUGACUUUUGUUAAAAGCUGGACAAGGCAUCUCCGGCCGGACCUUGUUCAUGUCUGAGCCUGGAUUUAAAACCUUUGGUUUUAAUUAAACUAUGUUGAACAAAUAAGCCUGUUAAACAGUUCAUCAUGCUCUGGGCUAAGGUAAACAUCUCUGCUGCGAAAAUGCAACCUGAUCCGUGGUUUUUGAUCGGAUUGCUUGCUACAUUACCGAUAUGACCCGAGACAUUAACUAGACUGUGCUGCUUAAAGGAUCAUAUUUUGAAACAGACUCUCAGACUAACGUCAGAUCUUUCGUGUGCAUAUAAACAUAGUUACUGGUGAAAGUGCUUCAAAUACCUAUACAGUCAGAGACAAGGGAAAAGCUUAAAGUUUGGAUGCAAGGAAGCUAAUAAAAAUGCAUAGGAUACACAAUCCUUUUCUCUCACACACACACAACUUGGGACUACUACAGAAAUGUGACUCAGUGAAACAGUUCUAUUUGGUUUACUGGUAAUUUGCUCUCUGGGAAAAAGGUGUUUCUGGAUCUUGAUUGUAUUUGAUCUUGAUUUUUCUACAGAAUGUGAGAUGAUAUACCUCUUGUGUUGAAUGUUAUUGAUUUAAACAUGUACGAAAUGUGCCGACCAGUGAAACAUGAGCCGCUUUGCAUUUGUACCAUGACAAAGCAAUGCCAUAAUGUACUAUUGAGGUCUUUAAUUAUAUAUUUUUUUUAAAUAUAAAAUUUGAAAAAACCUGAA